GGCUGGAUGGAAAUUCCCUCCGACCCCCUCGGAACUUAAAGGGCCCGCUGCCUUCCCGAAGUUGGUUUGAAGGCAAGGGCUUGUUGGUUGUGGACAGCACUUUGUCAUGGGACCUGUGCGGUUGGGAAUGUUGCUUUUCAUUUUGGCUGUGUAUGGCGCUUGGGUUGGGACGCCGAAGGAGGAAGACGAUGACACAGAACGCUUGCCCAGCAAAUGCGAAGUGUGUAAGCUGCUGAGCCUGGAGCUACAGGAAAAGCUGAGUCGCACUGGCCGAUCUCGAGAGGUGCUGGAGCUGGGGCAGGUGCUAGACACUGGCAAGAGAAAGAAACACAUCCCUUACAGUGUCUCAGAGACAAGGCUGGAAGAGGCCUUGGAGAAUUUGUGUGAGCGGAUCCUGGAUUACAGUGUUCAUGCCGAGCGCAAGGGCUCACUGAGAUAUGCCAAGGGUCAGAGUCAGACCAUGGCAACGCUGAAAGGUCUGGUGCAGAAGGGGGUGAAGGUGGAUCUGGGGAUCCCUCUGGAGCUAUGGGACGAGCCCAGCGUGGAAGUCACGUUCCUCAAGAAGCAGUGUGAGACGAUGCUGGAGGAGUUUGAAGAUGUCGUGGGAGACUGGUACUUCCAUCAUCAGGAGCAGCCCCUACAGCAUUUUCUCUGUGAAGGUCAUGUGCUCCCCCCUGCUGAAACUGCGUGUCUACAGGAAACUUGGACCGGAAAGGAGAAGAUCACGGAUAGGCAAGAGAAGACAGAAGGGGAGGAGGAGCAAUAUCAGGAGGAGGAAGAAGAAGAAGAGGAGGAAGAGAUGAUCAACACACCAGGGCACUCCAAGCAUGACCCAGAUGACCUUUGA